CUCAAAACGUGCUUUCUGCAAUAGUAUGCAGUAUGCAUUAAAUGGGAAAGUGACUUAAUGACACAUUCUCCCGAACACAUUUGAAGAACUCAUGAAUAAAAUAUUUUUAUAUAAAUUAAAUAUUUUAAUUAAAUAUGUUUGCUAGUAUACGAUCGCGGAACUUUAAAUUUUGUACAUUACUUUUGAAAAGUUACGAUGAACUGCCUUUUACUUUUUCAAGAAAUAGUGUUCGAUACUACUCAAGUAACAUUUUUCGUAAAAAUCAUGUAUUUAAGUCUAAAGUAUGUUUGAAUACAUUGAGUUGUCAUCAAACGAUCUAUACCACCAGCUCACACUUCUCCAAAGAUUAUUAUAAAAUUCUUGGCGUGCCUCGCAAUGCAAGUCAAAAAGACAUUAAAAAAGCAUAUUAUGAAUUAGCUAAGAAAAAUCAUCCAGACAUCAAUAAAGGUGAUCCUGAAGCAGAAACAAAAUUUCAAGCUGUGAGUGAAGCCUAUGAAGUCUUAAGUGAUGAAAAUAAAAGGAGACAGUAUGAUCAAUUUGGAACAGCUGCACAUACUGAAUUUCCAGGUGCCGGAGCAGCUGGUGGAUUUCAUGGAUUUUCAUCAUCAUCUAUUGAUCCAGAAGAACUUUUUAGAAAUAUAUUUCAGGGAUUUCGUUCAGGAUUUCCUGAGUCAGAUUUCGCUGAAUCACAGCAAUCAUAUGGCACCCAUGAAGUUACCAUGGAUUUAACUUUUGAGCAAGCUGCUAGGGGUGUUAAUAAAGAUGUUUAUAUUAGCAUGCAUGACACUUGUCCUUCUUGUCAUGGUUCACGUAGCCAGCCUGGAAGUAAACCUGUCAAAUGCAAUCAUUGCAAUGGAACUGGUUAUGAAUCAAUAUCCACUGGACCCUUUUUAAUGAGAUCAACGUGUAGAAGGUGUCAUGGAACAAAGAUGGUUGUAAAAGAUCCUUGCAAUGUUUGUGAUGGGAGAGGAACAACAAUUCAAAGAAAAAAAGUAACUGUGCCUGUACCUGCAGGUGUUGAAGAUGGACAAACUGUCCGAAUGUCAUUGCCUAAUAAAAAAGAACUUUUCAUAAAAUUUAAGGUGGCAAGGAGCAGUUAUUUCAGAAGAGACGGAGCAGAUAUUCAUACUGAUAUAACCAUUAGCUUAUCUCAAGCAUUGUUAGGUGGGACUGUUAAAGUGAAAGGAUUAUAUGAAGAUCUUGCCGUCAAGAUUGCACCAGGAACUUCAUCUCAUACUAAGAUUCGUUUGGAAGGAAAGGGCAUCAAAAGAGUUUCAAGUUAUGGUUAUGGUGAUCACAUCAUAAAUAUUAAAAUUAAAAUUCCUCAAAAGUUGUCUCAGAAACAAAAAGCUCUCGUCACAGCAUUUGCGGAACUAGAGACGGACACUCCUGGUAGUGUUGAAGGUGUCGUGUUGACAAAUGAAGGAAAAAUUGCAACAACAGGAGACGAUUAUGUAUAUCAAAUUAGAGCUGUUUUAAACCCUGUGGACUCUGAUGUUGAAACCAGUAAAAAGAAAAAUGGUUAAUUUUUUGUUAAAAUUUGUAGAUGAAUUUUAUUUCAGUUUAUGUAUAGAUGGUGAAAUAUAUUUUAUGACUUCAAAAAAGUUAUAAAAUUGCAUACUUUAUUUGAAAGUUGUAAAAAUAAAUCUGUUGAA